GCCCUUUGACAUUUACCUUGACGCGUGUUCGCUACCAUGCCAGAUCAGAAUUCAAGGCCAGGCUGGAGGACUAACAAAUUCAUGCGGCAGCAUCACCAUCAACUCCAAUCAUUACGCAUGCUCAAUGUGCAAGGAGAAGUCUCCGCUGACGUCCUCUCCGCCGACGAUGGAUCCCUGCAACAAGGCCACAACAUGCAUGCGGCCGACAUGCAAUUCGUCCACUAGAAGCCAACUAGAACCCUGUACGCAGGACGUCUGUUGGAGAUCAUGCGCGAGGUGUUAUGGCAAAGAAUCUGGGCCUGUCGUACAACAGGAAGAUUUUUUAGCAGGCGACAGCACAAAUCCAUUAGGUACGAGGAAAAGAGCGACACAUCGUUGU